AUGAACGCGGGACAGCAGACGACGAGACGGCUGGCUGCGAGAGCAGGCUCGUCGAUAUGCCACUCUUGUAGAGCAUCGGUCCCGCGCAACACGUACGCAACGGCCGCUGCAACUGCAGUCCAAACCGAGGAUCCAUUCAGCCAGCAUGUACCGCCAGUUGCCCAUCCAUCUACAGCCUAUGCCGUCAAUGCCGGUGUUGUUCUCUCCCGCCCCCCACAAAUAACACGCGACCUCCACCCAUUCGAAGCCGCCUUUUUUCUCUAUCAGCGUCGAUUGAACGAGCGUCUUGCCCUGCCUUUCACACGAUAUUUCUACUUCAAGAAGCGGACCCCUGCCGACCUCGAAUGGAAACGGAAGAUGCGGCAGCGUCUCACCCCCGCCCGCGACAUCGGACGGUACAAGGGCUACGGCGAUGAAGCGUGGAACGAUGAAGUAUUGGUUGGAGCAAAAGAAAGCGAUUUUGAGUGGCAAGUGGGCAGUUUGAUUGAAGAUGCGGAGAACUCUGGCGCAGAGGGCGCCCCUGCAGCCACAGGUGCGGCUGCGAAGAAGGUGGACCGCGAGCCGGUCGACAAGCCUAUGCCACGAGUCACUGUAGCGGAUGAGAAGAACGACACAAAGAGUCUAAAUCGUGCACUACAGAGGACGUUGUAUCUGUUGGUCAAGAACAAAGAGGGGCAAUGGCAGUUUCCUCAGGACAAGCUGUUGGAGGAGCAUCUUCAUGGUGCCGCUAACCGUAUCCUCACUCAAGCCGCUGGACCAAAUAUGAACACAUGGGUAGUUGGACAUGUACCAAUCGGUCAGCAUCAGCUCGAGUACCCUGAGCCAAAAGCAAUGGGUAGCCUCAAGGAAUAUGGCGCAAAGACCUUCUUCAUGAAGGCACGUAUCAUGGCCGGACAGGCUGACCUCAAGGAUAAUAAGUUUGGUCUCCAAGAUUUCAAGUGGCUUGCGAAGGAAGAGUUACAGAAAGAGGUAGAUGACCGUUACUGGAAGUCGGUCAAGAACAUGCUGGCCGAGCGGUGA